AUGACUGAUGCCCUGACCCUUCACUCCCCAACCGCACUUCUCGAUGCAUUGUGCACUUGCAUUAAUGAGGAUAUUCACCCGCUCUCAGCACGCGCCGUGGCCGCCGGUUCCAAACUGUUUGGCGCAGCAAUCCUUCGCAAGUCCGACCUGAGUGUCGUAUACGCAGACACAAAUCAAGAACGCGGUUCCCCCCUAUGGCAUGGCGAGACCUGGACGCUGAAACAAUUCUUCGAAAUCCCCGCGGAUCAACGCCCCCCAGUAACAGAUUGCUUAUUCUUGACGACUCAUGAGCCAUGCUCGUUGUGCCUGUCGGCUAUUCUUUGGAGUGGAUUCGAUAAUUUCAUUUAUAUGUACACCUAUGAAGAGACACAUUACGUGUUUGAGUGCCAUGGAGAUCUGGAUAUCUUCAACGAUGUGUUCAACGUGCGCGAGGCCGAGACAGCCAGACAAGCUAGUCUGGAUGGCACGUUGGCCCAAAUAAGACCGCAGUACAAGCUGCGCAGCAGCAGGCUAGUCGCUCUAAGUUUCGCCGAACUUCUGGCUGCCAUCACAGACAAAAAGACACAGUCCGAGUAUUUAACGAAGGUGGAACAAAUCAAAAGAAGCUAUGGGCGGCUAUCCGAGGCUUAUCGGAGGAACAUGGGUGUGGAAUAG